ACGACGCCAUCCUUCUUCCUGUCCUUACGCUGCCCGACAUGGCUCCCAGUCCCGCAACAGCGAUGCAGGGGCCCAUGCUCCUGGGCACCAUACUUAACGUCCUGCUUUAUGGAGUCUUCAUUGUCCAGGUGUUCACUUGGUAUACGAACUACAAGAGGGAUCUUCCGCUGAUCAAGACCCUCGUGGUGAUGCUCCUGUUCGCGAGCACGCUCGAGAUUGGCUUCAUCCUGGUGUAUAUGUAUGAGUGCCUUAUAAUCAACUUCUAUAAUGAGGCGUAUCUAAUGACAACGACGUGGGUCUUCUACAUAAUACCUGCUUUCAUUGGCGUCGUCCAGGCUCUCGUCCAGUCAUUUUACGCGUGGAGAGUAAACACCCUCCUGUCCGGUCUGAGGAGGAAAAUCGCCAUAUCCCUAAUAUGCAUCCUCGUCGCCAUUGGACUCCUCUCUACCAUUGGUACCGGAGCCGCCACACGGAGGGUUGACAGGUUCAGCGAGUUCCCGCGGAUUGCUGUCCCCGUGUGCAUGUGGCACGGCAGCGCGUUCAUAUGCAACUCCGCGCUCACCGGCGUCCUCCUUCGAAGUUUGUUUAAACCUGAAACAUCUUCGAUACGCCCACGGAACAUUCUCGAUGGUCUGAUUAUCUUUACGGUCCAGACGGGCUUGUUCCCAGUCGUGUGGGCCAUCAUUAACCUCGCUUUAUUUGUUGCAAAUAGUAAUGGAGCAUACAUGUUCUUUAGCUUCAGCCUUUGCAACGUCUACACAAACUGCAUGAUGUCCAACCUGAACGAGCGUUCGAUAUGGAAACAUGAGCUACUACCGGUGCGCAGAGAAGACGACGAUGAAGAAUUUACGGCGAUUGUGUUCGGCCCUCGACCAGCACUUGUCGACGACCCUACGAUCAAGCGGUGACGAUACGCCUAGUGCAGAUUUCAUUCCGGGUACCUCACCCACAAGCACUUUUGAUUAUACAUAGUGGGCGAAUAUGGUUCCCUGACUAGCAUCUUGGCACGGACCAAAGUAGUGUAUAUAGAUAUAUACCCAUCCUUAAUCUUCGAAGGCGAUUAAACGUAGCGAUUAUCCUGAAUAUGCAUUAAU